UCGAUUGCUUGCUUCGCGGUUGCAAUGCAACACGCGCGUGGCACCAUUACAUUAUUGGGAAAUUGUUAAAAUUUUAUAUACAACCAACUAACCAUACAACAACAGCAGCAGCAGCUACAACAACAACAUAAACCACUUAAUAUGUGAGUGUGUAAAAAACGGGUGAAAGAGUGUGUGAAAUUUUGUGUGUGAAUAACUCUGACACGGGUGUGUUUGUGAUUGUGCACUGUGCUAGAAAUUGGAAUAAACCAAUGACCAGAAAAAAAGAAUGAUAAAAAAUGAAAAGAAAUCAAAAUGUAAUGGCUUUAUAAAAGUAAUGAAAAAAGAAAUGGAAUGAUACAAAAAUUUAUAUGACAAGAAUAUUAAAAAAUAUAUAUAUAUAUAGUUUAAGUGCUAAUUGUGAAAAAUCCAAAAGCUAAACAAUUCGGGUUUCCAAGAAAAAAGUGAAAUAAAACUAACAAGCAAUGCGUUUAUUGACCACCGAAAUACAACAACGAGGCUCAUAAAACCCACAUUUCAUAUUCAAACUAAAAUUAAAAAAAGAAACGUAACGUCAAUCAUUCAACAUUCAUACCAAGUAAAAAAAAGUUCAAAAAAUUAUAAACCACAUUCAUAAAGGAGAAAAGUGAAAAUCCAACAUCCAACGUUAUAAAUUCCAUUUCAUCAUGGAUUAGUGUUUGAAAGCAUCAUCCGAAGAACAUUUUCUUCUUUUCGCUAUUGCAACUACCGCUUACCAACAUCACCAAUCAUCGUCUCAACGGAUACGUACUAAGAGUGAGAGACUCCUUCAUUUUCAUCUCCAGAUAGCAGUUAUACACACAUAGAACAGAGACCAACAGCAGGAGCGGCAGCAGCAGGGUCAUUCAAUCACUCCAUGCAACGUGAUGUCAACAACGAAUCAGUGGAUCAGUCACCACAUCUGAGCGCGGACAACAGUUUUACAAUCAAUGGAAUCUAGGCCUGCAGAAAUGACAACCAUCUCCAACUAUCUACACUGAUGUGGGCGGAGGAGAGGAGGCUGUGUGUUGUUGUGGCUACGCGGUAAUUUCAACUUCCCCCCACCACCACCACCACCACCACCACAUCCAUUGUCGUCACCACAUAGUAUGUCAUGUUCGCGAGUGAAAAAGCAAAAGCAGCAAGAGAAGUUUUUUGAAUGUGUUGUGUUGUUGGUCAUCGUUGAUGGACUACUACUACUACGACUACCACUACAACUACUAGGGAAAUUGCAGCCACACAUACUACAUUCACAUUCGGAUUCGGAUUCAAAUUCAAAUUCACAUACAGCAGCGGCAACACACACACAUAUGUAUCAUUAAUGCAGCUCAACUCAACAGCAUUGUGUACAACCGAAACGUGCCACAAAUACGCCGUCGUGUCGUCGUCGUCAUCACGUUACCAAUACCACUAAAUGCAGUGGAAGAAGAAGUUUACUCGAUUGAAAGCAGCUACAGGACAUUCGCGUGCGCGAAGAAUGCUUUGUUGUGGACGAAGAAAGGAAAAUGGAAGAUCAGUUCCUGAUGUUACGGCAAGCCCGGGCCGUGCGCCGCCCGGACCAUUGCCAUCAAAUCAAAUGCAAACGAUGGUCAAUCAGCAACAACAGCAGCAGCAACAACAUCAACAACAGCAGCAGCAACAUCAUCAUCAACAACAACAAUCACAGCAUCAACAACAUCAUCAGCAACGACAGGGCGGUUCCAAAGAACCGGUACUACUGCAGGGUGAUUUCCGGAAGGUCUCGGGUAUUAGUUCAGAGAUUUUCCGGCAGAUAGAAGCUGUUGAAAAUGAUCACGAUCCGAAUACAGCGGCCGCCUUGGAGGCGGUCGAGAGACGGGGUGAAAUGAUUGUACGCAUCUUGGAGCCCCAUAGCAUUGGAGGCAAACAGGCCGUAGAUGCAGCCCAUAAAUUAUUGGCCAAGAAAGAUAAUCGACACAUAGUACAGUUGGUGGAAAUCGUCAAGAGACCCGGUCAGACCUUAGGUUUAUAUAUUCGCGAGGGAAAUGGUGCCGAUCGUACAGAUGGUGUAUUCAUUUCACGCAUUGCCAUCGAAUCAGCGGUGUCGAAUAGUGGAUGCCUGAAGGUGGGCGAUGAAAUUCUGGCCGUGAAUUUAGUCGAUGUCACACACAUGUCCCUGGACGACGUUGUCAUAAUAAUGUCAAUUCCACGACGUCUAGUGUUGGCCAUACGACAGCGUUGCGGCAAUCGUGGCACCGGUUCACCGGGCCCACCUUCCAUGUCCAGACCCGAGCAGAAGCCACCACCGGUUGUUGUCAUGAAACGUGACCUGCGAGACGAGGAGCUAGACGAGACUGAUCACAUGUCAAGAUCCCGUUCAUCACGCGAAAGACGUACAGGUGAUGGCCGUGAGAUGUCCGAGUCACGUUCCCGCCUAGGUCUGGGCCUUAACAACUAUAGUCCGCAAUCGGAACAAUUGGAUAUGUACUAUAAUACACGCCCGGGCAUGGAACCACCUAAUUGGGGCUAUAAACCACCACCACCGCCAUCCUCAGUCAUUACGGAACAGCCGAAGGGUCAUCAGUUUGCUCCAUCACAUGCGUAUUACAAGAAUGCCGGUACGCUAGAGAGUUUGGCGGAGAAGGUGCAUUCUUUCUAUCCAGGAGCACCGCCAUCUCGUCGCUUGUCGGUGGGUAAUGUACCGCAACGGGCACGUUUCCCUCGAUCCGGUUCCGAUCAGCAUUUGCCUCGCGUAGAAUAUGCCGACUAUUCGAAUUCAUUGGGUCGCCACUCAUUGCUAAGGCCAAGUUUGAAACCCAGCGGUGGUUCGGUGAUUAUGGGUCCGGGUGGCACACUGGGCCGUUAUGGACGAUACGAUCCACAUUCAAAUGCCAAAUAUGGGCCGAGUGGUACUCAGUCCCUGACCCGACGAUCAAGACCCAAUUUGGAUUAUUCCAGUGAUACAGAGGCAACGGUUGGACCGCGGCCCAAUUAUUACUACUAUAACCGGCCUGCCAUCGCCAGUAUGCCUCGUGGUGCCGGGGCACCGGGCGGUGCUUCUGUACUGGGUGGAGGGCCAGAUAUGGCUAAGUUCAAUUCACUGCCAAGAGAUCGACCCGGUGUACGUUUACCGGGUAUACGGUCACGUAUAAGCGAUCGCAUAAUGGAUGAAAGUGAUGGCAAUAUUUCGGCGCCCGAGUUCAAUGCCAGACGGGAUCGGGAUUUGAGAUCACGCAUCACAGCCAGUCCCCAGUCCAUAUUUACAUCGGAUGAAUAUCGAGCCUGGUUACGAAGGGCACCCAGCAGUUCUGCCAUAGCCGAACAGAUGCGUAUGACAAGGGAUUUGUUAAAUCAGCCGAGGUCACAUCGAUUCUCAUGCAGUGCCGAGAACAUACACGAUGCUCUGAGAAAUACGGAAAGCAUUUACUCCAGUCGAACGGGUAUACUGGGAGCCGGUACCCUGGAUCGCCACUUGGGUAUGCCCCGGCCCAUUUCUUCACUGCCAGUGCGUUCCAUGUCAUCCCAGCACAUAGGUGGCCCCAAUUCAAUACGUUCCCCCAGCAUUCGUCGCAUGCGCCAACUACUCGAACUCUCAGCUGGCCCAGCCAGUCCCAGUGGCAGCAUUAUGAGUACCGGAGGCCAUCAAAGUCCGGCGCCCACCCCCAGUGCCACACUGCCGCGACCACAUCGACAAAUCGACAUUAAUCCUGCAGAGUUCAGCAAAUACAAGCUAGACAAACCAAUAGUUGAUAUUGGCGGUGUAUCAGGUAUGUUGUGGAUUCACCUGUUAGCGGGCCGUGGCCUACGUUCGGCACCCGAACUGGGACCACAGCACGGUGCAGGAGGACAACAUCUACCGGCGCCCACACGUGAUCUGUACUGUGUGAUAGAGUGCGAUCGCGUGCACAAGGCCCGUACUGUGGUACGUUCCGGGGACUUGCAAUUCGAUUGGGAUGAGUCAUUCGAACUCGAUCUGGUUGGGAAUAAGCAACUGGAUGUUCUCGUCUAUUCAUGGGAUCCACAACAUCGACACAAGUUAUGCUAUCGUGGAGCCAUAUCACUGUCAACGAUACUACGGCAAUCACCUCUACACCAACUCGCCCUCAAGGUGGAGCCACGCGGUACCAUCUAUAUACGUAUGCGUCACACCGAUCCCAUAGCUCUGUACAAGCGUCGUGGUUUGCCUAGUUUACGGGCUGGUUAUCCCACCCUAUUCGGUGCUGAUCUUGAGACUGUGGUGAAUCGCGAGUCGAAGGGAGCUCCCGGCUGUGCCCCAGUUCCCAUAGUGCUGCGACGAUGUGUCGAAGAGGUAGAGCGACGUGGUCUGGAUAUAAUCGGCUUGUAUCGUCUCUGUGGAUCGGCCACCAAAAAACGUUUGCUGCGCGAGGCAUUCGAACGUAAUAGUCGUGCCGUGGAAUUGACUCCCGAACAUGUUCCUGAUAUCAAUGUCAUCACUGGUGUGCUGAAAGACUAUCUAAGAGAAUUGCCCGAACCGUUGUUCACGCGAUGUCUCUUCCAGAUGACAGUCGAUGCAUUGGCUGUAUGUCUACCUGAUGAUCCCGAAGGCAAUGCAAAAUUGAUGCUUAGCAUAUUGGAUUGCUUACCUAGAGCAAAUAGGGCCACCUUAGUAUUUCUCUUGGAUCACUUGUCGCUGGUCGUUUCCAAUUCCGAACGCAAUAAGAUGUCAGCUCAAGCUUUAGCCACUGUCAUGGGCCCACCGCUAAUGCUACACUCGGCCAGCGCCCAACCCGGCUCUGAGAUCGAUCAUGCCCAGCCCAUUGCUGUGCUGAAGUAUCUCUUGCAAAUCUGGCCCCAGCCACAGUCGCAACAUCAUCAGAGUGCUGGUGUCGGAGCAGGUGGUAAUCUCAUUAGCAGCAUGGCUGUGGGUGGCAGUACCAUGGGUAUGGGCCUCGGUAUGGGUCUGGGCAUGAAUGCUGGCAGUAUGAAUAAUAUGCCGGGCGUUGUUUCAGGUCGGCGCGGCGAGUCAACAGGGCAGCGUGGAAGCAAAGUCAGUGCGUUGCAAGUGGACAGGCAGGCGUUCCUCAUGGCGCAGCAGCAGCAGCUCAUGGCGGCGGGCAAUCUACUACGCUCGUCCACUUCGGUAACCAACAUACUUUCUCAAGGCCAACAUCCGCUCUCAGCCACAGUCAACAGUCAUCUGUAUCAAUCAGUAGUGGGUCAGUUAGCUCAAUCGCAUCGAGCCUUGCAACAAGCGGUGCAACAGCCCCAUCCAUUGGUGGACUCAGUGGUCUCGGCAAUUCCCGACCCAUCGCCACUGCCCAUUCCCGGCACACCCUCCCCCGGCAGUAGUUCAGCGUCAACAGCAUCGGGAUCCGGUUCGGGCAAAAGUACGGAUACAAUAAAACGAGGCAUCUCACCGGCUUCCGUUAAACAAGUCAAUAUCCAGGAGUCCGUCAGCUCGUAUUCGCUCAGUCAGAAAAAGUCCGAUAGAGAUUCACUCGAUACCCAACACACUACAAAUAAUGGCCACCACCUACAAAUCAACAGCAACAAUAAUAACACCAAUCCAUAUGCAACACCAUCACCAACAGGCACAUCAUCCGGCGGCACAGCUGCUCAUGGGGCGGCAUUGACGGCGGCAGGUAGCAGCACGCGCAAAGGUGUUGAUUUUUACGAACCGCACAAAUCUCAGACCAAGAGCGACGAUGACAAUAAUGGUGUGGUGAGCAGCAGCAACAGCAGUGGCGGCAUCGGCGGCAUAAGCAGUAAAUAUGGCGGCGAUUCGGCUUACAAGUUACGAAGUGCCUAUGCUUCGUCGGGGGGUAGCGGCCUGGACCACAAGCCCACCAGUUCGCUCUCCACCGAAGAGUACAAGGCCAUGCGCAACAAGUCCAGUGCAUCGUCAUCAUCGGCCUCGUCCCAGGCCACGGUUUUGAGUGCUGGUUCGGCAGGCACUUCGGCAACGACCACCUCUUCGGAUGAUUCCGAUGAUUUGGUUUCAUACAAAUCUUCAGCUUCGACCAAUGCCCUAUUGGCCCAGUCCCAGGCCAUGACCACGACACAGCUAAUGUCCAAAUAUUUAAAGCGGGAACCUAGGGUACAAUUUACACCCAUCAAAUCACCGGAUUCUCCCUCGCCACCAGGUGGCAGCAGUCUACCCAGAGGUACGUACCAUCUUACCAAUAGCAGCCGAAAUAUACACAGCGAUAUCAGCAGCAUUGGUGGUACGGCCACUUCGGCCAGCUGCAACAGCCUGGGUGGAAAAUACACUCUCGACAAAAGCGAUAGGGCAGCAUCUCCAUCGAAGUCAGCACUCUCCAGUAGCCUCAAGGAAACGCCAGCACUGGGUUCAUCAGUCUCGGCCACAUCGCCAGGAUCUGCAAUGUCAACAAUUUCAACUGGACGCCGUCUAUUCGAUAGCCUGGCCUCCGAAACCUCCGACUCAGCAAUCAGCCGUUCGAGGACAGCUACAUCCACCACAUCAUCAUACAAUAACGACAUUAGACACUCGGUAGCAAGUAGUAGUACUCAUAUUAGCAAUAAGUCCACAACAAGCUCAGAACAUCGUUCAUUCGGUAGUAGUCUCUUUAGCAGCGGCACUGAACGCAACAGCGGCAGCAGUGCCGCCUAUUCGAGCAAUGGCUCAAAUGGCUCGACCCACUAUGGUACAUUGCCCAAACAAAGUAUCUCGGGGGCGACUCUGUUCAAUACAUCGGCCUCAACAUCAUCGGCAACGGUCGGUGGUGCAGCGGGUGCAUCUGGCACGGCCAGCAGCAGUGGUGUUAGUUCCAUGUCUGGCUCAGCCAGUAGUUAUGAUUUUUAUACAAAUAAUUCCUCCUCCUCCUCCUCGGCUUAUUCAGGUUCAAGUAGCGUAUAUGGCACGACAUCUCGACCCUAUGCCAAUGGUGGUAGUGCCGCCUCAUCGAAUGGGGCUGGUAACUAUCACACAUUGGGUACAUAUCGUGUCCAGUAUGCUGCCACAAAUCCAUUUCUAGAUGCAUUUGAUGCUCCCUCGGAAAGUACGUCCACCACCACCACGACGACGGCAACCAAUGCCAGAAAUGGUAAUGGUGGAGGUGGUAGUGGCACGGCCAGUAGCAGCGGCAGUGAUCAUCGUUCAUCAGCGAUGGCUGCUUUCCAUUCGAGUGGUGGUGGCAGUGGCAGUGGUAGUGGUGGUGAGGUGAAAAAUGGUAGUGAUGAAUAUGACGAUCUCAAAUAGGUAACAACAACGACGAUGGAAAAGAGACGAUGGCAUUCUCCAAUUGUUCCUUGUCAUUUAUCACAACUAAAAAACAGUUACAACAACAUUAACAAAUAACAAACAUGACUC